GUCACUUGAUUGGGGCACCCCCCGAGCAAGCCCCAUUUUCGAUAGUAGUAAGCCCUCUGGGGCAGCAGGUUGCAAAACUCAGUGGAUUGUUCAACCGGGUUGGGUUUUAUGGUUUGUUUAGUGACGUGUCAUUAAAAGGUUUCACUUCGUGAUUGGUGUUGAUCACCCACGUAGAGAACAAAGCAACAGCCGAAACAACCGGACUUCGCUUAAUUGCUUUGCAGCGCAUUUGUUGCUUAAUCGAAGCCUGCAUGUCUGGUUGCCUGGCUGGCUAGUAAAGUGAAAGUCCUAGUAAAGAAACGGUACUUUAUGCCCGUGGCUGCGUUUGCUAUGUGCCAACAGCAAAGUGCCCUGAAAUGACUGAUGAGGCCGAGAGCCCCAGUUUGGACUACAUUGAGGACCCCUAUUUUAACCCCCACGACAGCACUUCGACCCCCAGCCUGGACACUGAAAGUGACUACUUGGACGAGUACGACUUGCUUGAAAAUGAGCUGGACAUCUUCGACCUGAGGCAGCUGGAUUUCGACGAAGUCACCAGCACCAGCACCUUGCCUAGCGACGAGUCACUGAAUGUUGAAGCGGAGUUCUUCAAUGUGAAGCGAGCAAACGCUAUUAUUCGGACCUUCUUCAAGCACAAAGUGAAGAAGCAAGUCAGGGUCAGGUACAGCGACUUAACCAAGCCGUACUUGGCCAAGUUGCCUAAGGAUCAUAGCUUCAGGAAGUAUUUAGCCAUUAGUCUUAGCCAGAGUGAGGAAGCGAUGGCUGCCGACCAUGUGGCCCCCGAUCUCUCCCACCUCACAGCUGAGGAAAAGGAGCAGCAGGAGAAGAUCUGGAGAGAGGAGUUGGUGCAGAUUGAGGACGAAAUAGUCACCCUCAGAACGGUGUUGGCCGCCAAGAUGCGCCGCAGCGCCGAGCUGAAGAAGAAUCUCGGGAUCACCUUCCUAAAGGAGGUCUCCGACGACAUCAACCAGGGCAUCAAGAACGUAAAGGAGAGCAACGUAUAUCAAUCAGUUGAAACUAAGGUAGAGCAGGUCGCUAAGGCCGUUACAGAGGCGCCGAUAUACCAGAAAACCUCGUCGGUGAUCGGGGGACUUACCAGCAAUAUAACCAAUAAGCUGGGCCAAAUGCGUCAUUCCGAAUCCUUCCGCUCUAUUGAGGAGAAAGUUGGUAGCGCCUACGAGAACGUAAAAGGCAAGGUGAUUUCGAGAUCGGGUUCCCAGCAAAGCAUCAAUGAGGAGGGACGCUCGCGCUCAGGAUCGGUUGUAACCAGCCCAACCAUCCCCGAGGAAAAACCAGUGGCGUAAAACACCAGUUAUUCGGUUAGUGCCUCUGGCUAGCCGAUCUAACUUAACCGAUUUUUCUAACCAAUGGCCUUCGCUUCGUUUAAAUUUAACCGUCGGAUAAAAGUCUGGCGAACGAUUAUGAACAGUGCAAAGUAACCAGUUUUCAUCCGGUCAGCAUGAUUUUUUGAGAAAAAUUAAAAAAUCGGCGUUAUAUAUUCCUUCUGGUACUUGCCCUCAACAAUUGCAUUUAUCCUACUUUCGCCCAGAAUUAUUUAUGUUAAUGGGAAGCUCUAGCAAGGGACUUAAGUUAUUAGGAGAAAACCUAGGUUUAGUUUUCUGUGGGUUUGUGUGGAGAUAUCUAUUUUUGGACGCCCUUUUCAGCAAGCGUUUCCUAUAAUAAUGUGCGCGAUUUGUUCGCAUCGGACGAGUGUGUUAAAGUAGGGCUAAAUUUGCUGUUAUUUGUUCCGUUCGUCCGAUGGGAACAUCGCCUUUACUGUAUAAUUACAUGGAUAUUUAGCGAAUAAAUCAGUAGAACUUG